AUGACUCGGGCUUCCAAAAGAAAAUCCGAUGUUCAAAAUACUGCGUCUGCCAAAACCGCCCGCACAGAUUCUGUUCGUUCUGCAUCCAGUAAAGCUUCGGCGAAGGGGUAUCAACGUAUAGAUGAAAUAUUCAACAAAUAUGCUGAUAAAACAUCGGGGAUGAUUGAACCAGAGGGAAUUGAGGCACUAUGUUCUGAUCUAGAGGUGGAUUACACAGAUAUUAGGAUUUUGAUGCUUGCUUGGAAAAUGGAUGCUGAAAAGCAGGGAUAUUUUACUCAGGAUGAAUGGAGGAGAGGCUUGAAAGCUCUUAAAGUUGAUAAUAUUAAUAAACUGAAGAAAUCACUACCAGCAUUGAAGAAAGAGGCCUUGAAGUCGGUAAACUUUGAAGUUUUCUACAUGUUUGCCUUCCGCUACUGUUUAACAGAGGAAAAGCAGAAGUGUUUAGACAUUGAGAGCGCCUGCAUGUUGAUCGACCUGGUAUUAGGGUUCCAAUAUCGGGCACAAGUUGAUUCAUUCAUUAAAUUUCUCAAGAUUCAGAGUGACUACAAGGUGAUGAAUAUGGAUCAGUGGACGAAUUUUCAUCGGUUUUGUAAAGAGAUAAGCUUUCCGGACCUUCAAAAUUAUGAUUCAUGUGAAGCUUGGCCUUUACUUCUCGAUAAUUUUGUUGACUGGCUUAAAGAAGAGGCAGCAUGA